AUGCUGGAGCUGGAGGAAUGGUGUUACCACGCUUAUGAAAACACCAAGUUGUAUAAGGAGCAAACUAAGCGUCUUCACGACGCUCCAUUGAAGGGUCCGAAGGAGUUUCAGGUUGGCGAUCGAGUUCUUCUUUAUAAAUCUCGCCUGAAACUCUUUCCUGGAAAACUCCGCUCCCGGUGGUCUGGACCGUUCACGGUCACGCAGGUGUUCUCGUAUGGCAUGAUCGAGAUUGCCAACCCGCAGACUAAGCCGUUUAAAGUGAAUGGCCAUCGUCUCAAGCUCUAUUGGGAUUUGAGGUCGAAUGACUCACUUCUACUGUCACUCUAG